AUGACCGACGAGCCCCUGGCCGACGAGCCCCUGGCCAUCAACCUGAAGGUCCUGUCGCCGUCGAGCGAGGUCGAGAGCGGCAUCCACCUGCGCGACCUCCCCGCAGCGACCACGGUCCAGGAGCUGCGCCUCAAGAUCCAGGAUGCCGUGCCCUCCAAGCCAGGCCCCGAGCGCAUGCGCCUGAUCUACCGCGGAAAGGUCGUCGCCAACGACACCGACUCGCUGGCGUCCGUCUUUGGCCCAGACAACAUCCGCGAAUCCAGAGACCAGAGCCUGCAUCUCGUCCUGCGCGAGCUGCCGCACGCUGCCCCGACUGCCCCGACUGCCUCGACUGCCUCGACUGCCUCGACUGCCUCGACUCCCUCGACUGCCUCGACUUCCGCCUCGCCCCUCCCACGCACAGCGACCGCCCCGCCGACCCCCUUCGGUGCAGCGCAACCCCGUCUGCCCGCGAGCCCUCCGCUCCAGACGAACCCAUUCCGCGCCAUACCGCAGCCCCGACCCAACUCGCAGCCCCAGCCGCACCACCCCCACCACCCCCACCCCCACGUCCACCACCACCACCAUGUACAGCAGCCCCUCAACCCGCUGGGACCCAUGGGCGCCCUGCCCCUUCCCCAACAGAUGCAGCAGCAGUUCGCCCAAGCACUCGCCCAGCGUGGCACCCCACUCCCUACCCCGGCUCCAGGCACGCCCACCCAGCAAGCAGACGGUGCUGCCCCUGCGCCUCUCCCAGCGGACGCUGCUCCUGCGCCCGUCCCAGCCGCCCUCCUACCAAACGGCAGGACCGUGCGGCAGGAGGGCAUAGGCCCAAAUGGAACACGCUGGUCCGUCACCUACAACGACUUCACCGCCAACAUGCCCCUGCGUCCAGGCCAGCCCACCCUGCCGCGACCUGUGCCCCAUCCAGCAGCCUUCGCCAUCCCGCCUCGGCCCUUUGGCUCUCCCCCGCCUGGUGGAGUGAGCGUGCCGCUGAGCUGGCUGCUACCGAGGCUGCGAGGCACCCUGCAGGAAGCAGCUCGCGAGGUGGACAAUGUUCGGACCUUGCUCGACCCCCCUACGGCUCCAGCUUCCCCAUCCAGCUCGUCCGUGUGGCCUAGCUGGCGCGUUGACCGUAUCCGCGAGCACCUGCGCACCAUCACCCACAACCUGAACAUGGUCGAAAGCGGCCUCUCCGACCCUGCCAUGCAGCUCAACAUGGAUGUCAUCGCCCUGCGCCAGGCAGCUGUCGAGGUCAGGAGGCAGGCAAACGAGUUCAGCAGGACCUUGGACGCCCAAGAAGCCAGGGUCGGCUCCGGGCUAGCACAGUCGACAACACCAGAUGCCUCAGCCACCGCUGCCUCGGACCCCUUGGUUGCGACAGCAUCCGCCGCUACAAGGAGUCUGCCCUCGGACGCACCCCAGGAGUUGUUCCUCCUCUCCAGCCCCCAAGGUCCGGUCGGCGUCCUGUUCGACCAGCGGGGAACGUACACCACCGCCCCUUUCGCAUCGAACCUGCCGUCGCAAGCCUUUGUAGAACACUUCACCCAGAACCGCCAGCUCAUCGCCAGUCUGGGACAGCAGAUCGCCCAAAAUUCCCAGAACCUGCACCACCAGCUAGGCAGCGCCCAGCCAACACCAACACAGCAGCUGGCCCAGCCAAACUUUGCCCUGGACGAGGCCGCCGCCCAGCGCGUCAUCAAUCGCAUCAUCCAAGGCCCAAAUCAGAAUCAGAAUCAGAAUCAGAAUCAGAACCAAAACCAGAACCAGAACCAAGCCCAGCCCGCCGCGCCCGCCAAUGCCGACGCCCCCGCAGAGAACGACCAAGUCGUCAACGUCGCCGGCCACCUGUGGCUCCUCUUCAAACUCGCCUGCUUCGUCUACUUCUUCGCCGGCGGCGGCGGGUGGUACCGACCUCUGAUGCUGGGCAGCAUCGCAGUGGUCGUCUAUCUCGUGCAGCUCGGCAUCUUCGAGGCGCACUUCAACGUCGUGCGACACCACUUGGAAGCCCUGCUGCCCAACGCAGAGAGGAUCGCGCAGGGGCGUGGCGCGCAUCCGGACCCUACCAACGCAACCGCAACCGCAAACGGUGGACCUGCCGACGCGCGUCGCAACCUCACCCCCGAAGAAGCCGCCCGACGUCUGCUCCAGCAGCAGCGCGCCGGCCAGUUUGGCUGGGCGCGCGACACCAUGCACACCCUCGAGCGCGGCGUCGCCCUCUUCAUCGCCAGCCUGUGGCCCGGCAUCGGCGAGCGCAUGGUGCACGCCCAGGAGGAGCGCGAGCGACUGGCGCGCGUAGCGGCGAGCGAGGAGCAGGAGCGCCAGGAAGCAGAGGAGCACCAGCGUCGCGAGCAACAAGAACAGCAGACGAGUGCUGAGCAGGGCGGCCCAGAAAAAGAAAACGACGAGGAAAAGCACGAGGGCGAGGCCGAGAAGCACCAACACCACGAUAAACCCCCCCUACAGCGCUUGCACACCGAGUCUCUCGCCGAUAACUUCAUGGAUGGUCCAAAUGACAACGUCAACAACAACAACAACAACAACAACAACAAGGGGAAGCAGAGGGCUGAAGAUCCACAUCCUGCCUCUACAGACGCAGACAUAGACGCAGAUGCAGACACAAAUCUUAAGCGCAAAGCAAGAGUAGACAAGGAAGCUAUACUAUCUACUACAUAG